AUGGCCACCCCUACCACCCCCACCAUGGAUACCGCGAGCCCCGCCUCCGCCGACAACGACAAGGCCCUCGAGUUCUUGGCCGGACUGGCUGAGCUCAUGGAUAGUAUGGCGAGCGGGAACGGAGCCGAGGCUGCCGACGCCGAUGAGCAGAUGGACAUGGACAUGGACAUGGAAGUGGCGAUGCAGCUGGACUUUUGGAUGGGGAUGAAGAUGGAUACAGAUGUGGAGAUGGGGAUGGAGGAGAAGAUGAAGAAGAUGGAGGUCACGGCGGACGACGAGGACGAGGAAAUGGGGGAGCAAGAGGACGAGUACGAGGACACUGAGAGGGGCGCGGGCAUGGACGAGGAUGGGGACAUGGAGAUGUGUGCGCACAUGAUGAUCAAGGACAUGGAGAUAGCAUAG